GGUAAAGUUUGACUCAGUGGCUAGGUCUCAAAAGUUGAUGUGAUAUGGAUACUGAAUCGUUAGGUAGUUAUGAAAAGUGAUCUACAAUGCAAUGAUAUUAAGAAAGUCAACAUAGCAGGAACUAUUAUGUACAAAAUACAAUCUUUUAACCCAAACGUCAAGAUAAACUGAUACAAAAUAUUGCAAAAUCACCACUAAUCGCCAUCGCAGAAAAUUAUUUUUAACGCGUUAAUUGUUUCGAAUCUGGUGUGUAAUCUUUAUUCUAUUAUCUCAGUGCGGUAAAUCUUUACUGUAGGCUGGUGAGCAUAAUCGUGUCGUAUUUGCCGUUGUUAUUAUCACCAUUUUAUUAUUUGCAAUGGUCGUUUGUAAAAUCUUGAAGUAAGAACGUCCUGCAUUUACUAGCAACAACAAAGAAGAGCGCAGUUCUCGGGAUGUGAUGGGGCUGUUUUACCCCUAUUCGGAAGAGUCACCUGGGGCUGCUUGCUCCCCAGGGGAGCCAUUCCCCAACAACAGGUGUCGGGGCAGCUCUCAGAACUUUGCUCGCGUACUCUAUACAGCUUUUCACGAGCGAUUCUUGAGGGAGGCGAGAUAUUCUGUGGCGAGUCAUGGCUCUUGGCAAGAUACGAGUGGAGAGCCAGGCUAUCCUGGAUACCUGUGUGAUGUUGGAUACUUGUGUGACGUAGCUGACUACAGUUUGACCGACAAAAUUGAUGUUGGAAGUGAAGUUUUGACCGACAAAAUUGAUGUUGAAAGUGAAGUUAACUGUGGAUUGCUUGUGGUUAAACACUUAUUUAAGUCAGCAAACAAGAAAAGUAUUCACAUGAUAAUUUUAAUCAUUUCCAAAAAAUCACCAGUUUAUCAGAGAGAUAAUUUUCUCGCUCUAUGGCAAAUGAUUGAUGUUGAUUCAAAAUGUUUGGAGAGAAGUAAGGUUCCUGCCAUUUGUCACCGUUAUUGUGGUACGUCCUCUGUUCUGGGGCCUUUACCUGGGAACUCGCAAUGUCGCCACACUCGUCGUAAUCCAACUGAAAGAUCUCGUCGUCGUCGACGAUGCCGUAGAGCUUCCGUUGCACGCCACUUAGCCAUUAUAAAUAACUCCAUUUCGUGCAAAGACGAAACGAUAUUCGACAAAUUGAGCAUUAAGCAAGAUGUUUCUGUGCUCAAAUCUCUAUGUGAGGUCGAUCGACUUCAAGAAAAUUCGAAGCAAGCACCUAAUGUUCACGAGCACCUCCCCUCCGUUGAUCGGACACUUUCCUGCCUCUCCAGUGCUUCUGUUCACGGCUGCGUUUAUAAUAUUAUGAAUAAAUCUGUCUUUUUAUCAUAUCUUGAGUCUCAGUCACACUUGAAAUUAAACAUGGGAAUGGAACGCCGAUUUAUAAAAUUUGUGUCGCGUGAUCCCCAAAGCUCAUUCCUAUAUUCUCUCACUACAUCCAAUGUCACAGAACCUGUAACUUCACCAGUAAGAGUGACCGCAUCUAACAAACAGUCAACGACUGCCGUAUCGCAUGAUAAAGUCGCCUGUUAUACACUCCACAAUACCAGUAACCAAAUGGACCACGAACCCGACCAGUCUCUUCCGGACACGUCGGUUUCUAAAAGAUUAGCGAACAUGCCCACAUGUCAGCCACUGAUGAAGUCACCAGCAGGCAUGCCUGAAUGUCACCCACUAAUAAAGUUACCUGCGCAGCCAGCCUGGAAACGCUUAUCAGGUAACUUGUCCGUCCCCGUCGCUCCCAGCGACGCUUCUUUUUCCGAUCUCGACACCCCCUGCUGCCAGUUGACGGUUCUCAACCGCCGCUCGACGGUUCCCAGACAACGAUCUUCUCGCGGGUUGCGACCUGGUCGGCAAUUAAGCCCACUUCUAGUAUCUCGAAUACGACAAAAUAUCCUGGGCAGUAAAAUGCAGUCUUUGGUCCACCACUGGAUGGUCAUCAUCAUGAUGCUGCUGUUCCCCUGCAUUGCUGCUGCUACCGCCAUCAGAGAGCCGCCGCGGCUGACUGUGCCGCACACAUUCGAGGUGCUGACAGUGCCCCGCGGUGACGACCUCUCCCUCCCCUGCCCCCUCAUCGCCACCCCCGCCCCCAUCUUCGAGUGGUUCAAGGACGGAGAGAGCGUGCCGGACGACGCAGGCUGGGACAGAAUAUCUGUGUCGGAGUCGCUGCUGCGGAUAAGAGAUCUGCAUUUUGAGGACAGAGGCCGCUACGUGUGCACGGCAGUUAACGGUUUCGGCAAACAUAAUUACACCUUCAUCGUCAACGUCAACGAUCCGCUGGCGCCGCCCGCCGUGAGGGACGACGACGAAGGAGCGCCCGUCCUCCUACAGGUUCACCCACCAUCACCUGGUCCCGUCAUCACGAUGAUGGCAGGUCUCAGUCUCGCCCUGAAGUGUCGGGUCGCGGGACACCCCGAGCCUGAGGUCGUCUGGUAUAAGGACGGCUCCCCGGUGUCGGGGGACGGAUCCCCCGCGCUGUCGCGGUCAGGGGACCUACGCGCUCUGCACAUCGCGCGUCUGCACCGCGGCGACGCGGGGCUCUACACCUGCACCGCCACCAACACCCACGGGGCGGUCGCUGCCAACUGGACCCUCAGGGUCCUGGGUGGCGGCGGUGCAUCGUCUUCCCCGACGUUGAUGUCACCGCCGCUCCGCGUGCGUAACGCGAGCGUCGUGGACGGCGACGAGGAGGCCGCGCUGACGUGCAGCGGCGCGUCGGGCUCUAAUACACCUGCAAAGAAAUAUGCUAACAACUGA